UAUACACGCAUGCGUGACUCCGGUAACGAUUAGCGUUUACUCUUUGUUUUAGAACCAAAACAAAGAGUGAACACUAAAAAAUCGGUAAACAGAACCAAAACAAAAGUAACGAUAUUAAUUAAUUAAUCAGAGUGGUGACGCAUGCGUGUUAGGACAUCGCUUGGAAGGUCUGGGUGUCAUUUCCAACGGUUUCCACUUCCUCGGUUAGUUCUAAGUCUACAAAUCGAGCACAUUCUUGCUGCUUUAGAUUUGUAUGCAUGCAUCUAAUAAAAUUAGGCUUAGUAGAAGGACAGGACAUGUGGUGAAGGUGCCACACGUGUGCACGCGUGCUAAUAUUAUCCGGGAUCUUGCGUACUAGGCUACGCUAGAACUCACUCUGCUAUGCCGGUAUACAAAGUAAACGUGAAGUGGGGCAAAGAGAAAUACGACGUCGAACUGGACAGUGAUGAGCCACCAUUGUUACUUAAGAACGUUCUCUACUCUUUGUCUGGUGUCAGUCCAGAGAGAAUGAAACUCAUGAUCAAAGGACAGACGGUAAAGGAUGAUGAUUGGGGAAAGAUUCGACUGCAAGAUAAUAUGAUGUUUAUGAUGUUGGGAUCGAAAGAGGUACUACCUGAGGCACCAAAGAAGAAGACAAUGUUUUUAGAAGACAUGAGUGAUGCUCAACUGGCCACAGCUUUGGAGAUGCCGUGUGGUUUGAAGAAUCUUGGAAACACGUGUUAUGUGAAUGCAACACUACAGUGUCUUAAAUCAGUGCCAGAGUUGCGAGAUGCACUGAAUCAGUUUGCCGGUGAUAUCAUGCUGCAUGGUACAAUAGUCGCAGCUCACUCAAUCACGGCAGCAAUCAGAGAGACAUUCAGAGGGAUGGACAAAACAGCAGAAGGAUAUCUACCCAUAAUAAUGUUGCAGGUGCUUCAUGCAGUGUACCCUCAUUAUGCAGAAAAAGCAGAGAACGGUGUGUGGAAACAGCAAGAUGCCAAUGAAUUGUGGACACAAGUUGUCAAACUGCUUUCAGAAAAGUUACUCGGUCAACCUGAUAGGCUUGCAGCUGAUGUUACAGUUGAGGGUGAAACUGCAGAUAUGGCAGUUGAGGCAGCAUCUGUAGCGAAGACGUAUAGCAAGAGUAACAUAAUAGAGCAGUAUUUUGGGUUAGAAAUGAGUAAUAUAUGGAAGUGUAUUGAGGCACCCGAUGAAGCUGAGACAUCAACAGUAGAAUACCUGUUUCAACUAGGAUGCUAUAUUUCUCAAGAAGUAAAAUACAUGGAGACAGGACUAAGAUCUCGACUUCAAGAACAGAUUACAAAACAAUCACCUUCACUCGGAACAGAUGCUGUCUAUACUAGAACAUCACGAGUACAGAGAUUACCAGCAUAUCUUACAAUCCAAUUCGUCAGAUUUUUCUACAAAGAGAAAGAGCGUGUGAAUGCCAAGAUCCUGAAGGAUGUUAAGUUUCCUCUCAAGCUGGAUAUGUUUGAGUUUUGUAGUCCAGAACUUCAGCAAAAACUCACUCCUGUUAGACAGAAAUUUAAGGAAGUGGAAGACAAAUUGAUAGCAGAAGCAGACAGGAAGAAGACAGCAUCCAUUUUGGGUAGUGAAGAAGGAAGUGAAAACAAGGAAUCCAAUGAGCCAAUAACGAUGGAAGUCGAUGAAGCAAAGAUUGAAUAUGAGCCUUACUCGUUUGAUGAUGAUGUUGGAUCAAACAACAGUGGCUAUUAUGAGCUCAACGCCAUUCUCACACAUAAGGGACGCUCUUCGUCAUCGGGUCAUUAUGUAGCAUGGGUUCGAAGAUCAGGAGCCUACUGGAUCAUGUUUGAUGAUGAUAAAGUGUCACCCGUUCAUGAAGAGGAUGUUGUUAAGCUUUCUGGUGGAGGUGACUGGCACAGUGCUUAUGUUCUACUUUAUGCUCCUAGAAGACUUCAAAAGGUAUAGGCAAGACAUUACUGCAAUAAUAUAUGAAUAAUGAUUAUGGUAAACUGUGCCAUUAAAUUGUGAGUCUUUUGUAGUCAAUCGUUACGUGCCCCAUUCUUGUUGCAUGUAGUACAAAUGUACACAACAAUGUGUUACCUAGUCAAUUGCAGUGUAGUGAAAAAAAUCUAGCGAAAACAUUAAAACUCUGUUCACUAUCAAGUUUCCCCAUGUGUCUGUUACUCAGU